AUGUAUUUACUUUUCAGGCCUGAUAUAAAUGAUCUCAUAGUGAUAGGAAGUAAGCCGAAGCCUCCGCCACCAAAAACUCCCGAUUUGCCAAAAAUAACUCUUUCUACGAUUUUAUCUAGAGUAGAGGAAGCUACAGCCUCUAUUUAUGCACUUAGAAUUAAUAAUACUAUUUUCGUAAAGGAUAUACCGGAUCAGAAAGUCUCAUUUUUAAGAACUAUGCAAAAAGAACCGUGGCAUGAAUGUUGUAACACUUGGUCAUAUUAUUUCAACACUCCUGCUAACAGAGCGGGUAGAUGUAAACUAUACGUCAAAAACCUGGGGACAGUUAUGAUAAGAUACUGUUGGAGAAGGGUAAAAAGACCCCUGCCCUUUAUUCCUGAAGAGCCACUGGAACAAGUAUUCUUCUUUAACAAAAACGAAGACGUUUUAUUUCCUGGUCAAGCGAAGGAAUUAUUUUUCACGUUCAUCUCCGAUAAACCAGGAGUGUAUAAUGAAAUUUGGGAGCUCAGCACUUGCAAUGUUUGUUUCUUCGAUACGAUGAAUGAAAAAUUUUUAAUCAAUCUAACAGCUGAUUCGGUCGAGAAUAUGGAGAGGAUUAAAAGAAAAGCUGAUAAGUUAGCAGGGAAGAUUAAUAACUUGGCUACAAGAAAUUUAAUUGUAACAAUAAUAGAUGAAGCGAUUGCUGUAGCGAUUAGCGUUGAACCUCAAACGUAUCCGUACAAGAAAUUGCUCCUGGAAAAAGAGAUGUUUAUUAUGAAAAAUCCGGUUUGCUUUUAUCAUCAAACGGAAGUCCUGAAUCUAAGCAACUUGUACACAGAGAUGGUACCGAAUAAAGAAUGGGAUCUUUCGAUCACAAGUUGGCGGGCUGCGAUGAUGGAUAAAGGAUUCGACGAAAGAAUGAAGUAUUACGAACUUCUUCGCAAAUCGCAUCUCGAUCUUUUAAAACCCUGGUAUGAAGGUGAAGAUUUACGAAAGGAGAAAUACAGAGCCGUCACUUUGCUACUUGGGCAGUUGGCUGAUAAAUUUGAAGGCGAACAUCAGAAGAUUCGACGACUCGUCCUCAAUUUGCCUGAAGAGAUGGACGUAACACAAAAGUCCACUAUGUCUAAUUUAAUUCUAGAGACGUCGGCUAUGAAUUCCACAAUUCGAAAUAUUUUCUACGUUAAAAUUUACGAACACGUAGCAGAUACAAUUGAAAUGUGUGCAGGAAUAUUGAGUAGCUUAGAUCUGAAUAGAUGGAUACAAUUCGACUUUUGCCGGUGGUAA